GUUUGACAGAUGAAUCAUAUUUACAAUGUGACAAAGUGCAUGAAAGUAUGAGCCUUUAUAACGAAAUACCAAAUUAUUUUGUUUGGUUAAAAUGUUAAAUUUACACAAAUUGUUUAGAUCCAGUCAAUAUGCCAGUGGCAUAUUUUCUAAAAAAUAUACCACCAUUUCGACAAAUAAAAAAAUUGACGAGGCAUAUUCAAAUAGAGAGAAUUUCAGCGAUUUAAUUGCGAGACGUCAAUCGGAGGCAUUAUGUUCAGUAAUACUCGAAGUAAAUACAAAGGAUAUAUGUGGCCAAGUGUACAAUUAUUGUAAACAAUUUGGUGAAACAAAGAAUGCAUUCGUAUACACAUUGAAGGAUGGACGAAACUUAAUGUUACUGGAAUAUAAUCAAUUGGAUGCGGUCAAAGAAAUACAACAGUUUAGUGGAUUUCAGGUGAAUACAGUGAAAUGGCCAAAUCGGAUUCUAACCGUACGAAAUUCCAAAUUGAAUCCAUCUCUAUCGCACGAUGCUCCUCUUCAAUUUGAGAAUGCCGUUCAAGUUCCCAUUGCAAAUAUUCUACGAAAUGCAUCAACGUUUGAUGAACAAGUGUAUCUUCUUUUCAAACAUACCCGUCACACCGAUUUAUCGAUCAGAUUGAAGUUUAUCACCGCAUUGCAGGCACAAGUUGUGAUCAAUCAAUGCUUACAAAGUUUCUUUCCAAAUGCAAAGCUCUAUCCAUUCGGUUCGACGGUAAAUGGAUUCGGAAGACUGGGUUGUGAUCUUGACAUGUGUCUUCGAUUCGAUCGAGUUGGCGAAAGCACAAAUAAAAAUAGUGAGUCAUUAUUGGAAUUCCGAGGAAAUAAUAUUGAAAAUGACAAACGCGACAAAGUGAAAGGUUAUCAAGUCAAGUGUAUAGCUUCAUUGAUUGAAUCCCUUCUUCCUGGAACCGACAAGAUUUCAUCUGCUAGCGGAGCACGGGUGCCAAUCGUUAGAUACUUUGAUAAAAAUAUUCACAGCAGCGUAGAUAUAUCUAUUGAUAACACAGAUGGACUGCCGAUGACAGAGUAUAUUUACACAAUGGGUUUGAUGGAUCCACGAAUUUCACCAUUUAUAUUUUUAGUACGUUGGUGGGCAAGGGAAUUUCAAGUAACCCGAAAGUAUCGUGAUAAUUUCACAAAUUUUCAAUUAACAUACAUGUGUUUAAGUUUUUUAAAACAAUUAAAAGAUCCAUUGAUACCCACGUUUGACGAUUUAUUGCAACAGCUUGGCAUCGACGAAUCGGAAAGCAUUAACAAUCUUAAUAAAUCAUUUAUCGGUUUCGAUUGCGAUCGGAUUGAUUUUAAAACGGAAAACACAAGCACAGUUCUUGAAUUAUUCAUCCAAUUUCUAGAAUACUUCGAGUCGUUCGAUUUUGACACACAAACGAUAACACUCAGGACAACCGGAAUAAUACCUAAGCCAGAGACAGUGUCUGUAUUCUUGGAAAAUGUUCUUAAUCCAUCGUCGACCAAUUCAUUUGCUGAAGGUGUAAGCAGGCGUGAACGGGAUGCGAUGCAAAUUGUAAUGCGUGACACAUUAGAAGAGUUACAACAAUGCAACACCAAACCAACAGGCACACAACAGAAUUGGGGACUAUUAGAAAUUCUUAGACAAUUAAAAUAGGUUUUAGAAAAAUUUGUGUAAUUUAAAAUUCGAUUCAUU